CCCGCCCGCAGACACGUGCUGCCUCCGCUCUGCCUCACGCAGCCAGCCAGCCCCACGGGUCCCAGCCCCACGCCCUUCCCCACCCCGUGCUAGCGCUCGCCGCCUCCCCCAGACCCCGUGACCGCACAGACCCGCCCUGCCAGGCGGCCGCGGCGGGCAUUGUGCGGCGGAGCGGCGCGCUGGGGCUCGCCCCCCGCCCGGGCAGAAGCGGCGGCGCUGUGGGCCAGGCUGCCCCCGGGAGCAGGGGGCGCUGGUGUCGGAGAGGAAUGGGCUCCAUGGCGGGGCUGCUGCUGCCCGGAGACUGCGGGUGCGAUGGGGACGCGGAAGCUGCGGGAGCCCGGCACAGACACCGGCAGCCAGAGGAGCGGGUCCAGCAAGAACAAAGAAACCACACUGUGGAGCCUGUUAUAGAUGACUAUAAAAAGAUGGGGACUCUCUUUGGUGAACUAAACAAAAGCCUUAUCAGCAUAGGCUUCACGAGGAUGUAUUUUGGAGAACGGAUUGUGGAACCUGUAAUAAUCAUAUUCUUCUGGGUUAUGCUUUGGUUCCUUGGCUUGCAAGCUCUUGGACUAGUUGCUGUUCUGUGCCUUGUCAUUAUUUACGUGCAACAGUAGAAUAUGGAAUCAGCAGCAAAUAAGCUACAAAAUACUUUCAGGUGAAAGUAAUCCUUCACUAAUCAUUACACUCUGCUGCUCUAUUCUUAAAUUACUUUCAGGAAACUUAAUUCUCUGUUAUUAGAACCUUCAUUUAGAUGUCAAAGUUGGUAAUAUAUCUUUAGUGUUAAAUAAGGUUGCCCUUGUCUCACACACAGGCAGGAUGAUACUUUCUCUGAAAGCGUCUUUAAUGCCUCCUUAGCCCCUUUCCCACUAUUCUCUGGGAAUACAGACUGUGGAGGAAAAUCACUUCAGCUCUCCUUCAAUAGAAGUCAGUCACUUUCACCACCGGCUUCUGGUAGUGCUCAUUACGUUCUCCUCUGUAAAAGCCCCAGAUGUCUCAUGGGGAAACUCAGAAAGCAUUCCACUUAGAAUCAGAUCUGUGUAUGUAUAGUUAUAUACUCUAUAUAUUUUAUGUGCUUUAUUACUAUGAUUUAAAAACUAAUUUUUGAAAACAUUAGUAUUUGUUUGAGUUCAUCCCCUGCUGCUUAUUUCCCAUAUAAAGUCAUAGGACCACAUUCAUCCCUGGCGGAACUCCCCAGUGGCCUGUAGAGUUUUCUGUUGAGAAUGAAUUUGGCUCAUAGUGCCUGAUCCUGUAGCUGCUACUCAGGCAAAACUCCCAGGGUCAAAUUCAAUCCUUAGAUAGAAUUAUGCUGUUUCCACUAUUGCCUUUAUUGGAGCUGCUGAUAGUUAAACCCUAACUGAAUCUGGCCUUGUCCUUGAGUAAGCAUUUAGCCUGAUUAAGGACUGCAGAGUUAGGUCCAGGACUCUGUUUGUUACAUUUAUAACUCUCUCUGCGGCAACCAGUUGUGCAGUCACAAACACAGCGGUAUGACUUUAGACUGCCACAGGAGCUGAUAAGAAACCAGGGUCCUAAUGACUAAUGCUUUACAAAUUUUUCCAUUAAGUAUUGGCAUUCAGUGUCGGAAAUUUCCACUCUCUCCUCACUUGACACAGCUUGUGCUUUCAUUAUCAUAUUCCUGGUAUUUUGUGUUCACAGGAGACAAGUUUGAGAAGUUCUGACGUUUGCUCUCUGAGUAAUGUGCACCUGGCUCCAAAGCAGCCUUGGAUGCAUGGGCAUUCUAGGGUGGGCAGAGUAGAAGCCAGGCAUGGGUGGACCAGAGGAAGGAAGGGGUGUGGCUGGGACAGGCUUACGUCCUGGCUAUUCUGUACCCCUGCAAAGACCUGCGGGGCGGGGCGUGAUUGGGUCUGGGGAGCAAGUUAGAGCUGCUCUCAGGGUUGCCCUAGUCUGUGCCAAAGGCCACACCAGCCUGCAGCCUCCAUGACCUUGAAUAGGAGACACAAACUGCACUCCUGUCCCUUUGCUGGUGCCUACACGGGAAUGAUUGUGGUUUUAUAUUGGAUGUUACUGGGACUAUAAAACUUCUGGCUGGUGGUUUAGGAUAAAUCCUUUGCCAAGUGCAUAUUUUCAUGGAUUAAAAUAGAAUGACCUUUAACUCGAAGCAAGGGGAGGUUAUGUAAAAACUUUUUCCUUUAAGGCUUUUUAAAGGACUUUUAAAUCAUUUUAGUUUCUCAGAUAAGGGAGUUACAUUUAAAGUUUAAAUCAUUCAUUUAAAACAAAACACAGAGAAUCCUAAAAUAAUUCGACACCCCCAAUAAAAUCCUGACGUUUCCAUACAUCUGAAAUUUGUCUGCAGAGCCUCUAAAGCUACACAGCUACAGGCUUCUACCUCUUACAAAAGGACAGACGAUAAGAGCAAAUAAUUGCAUUUAUGGGGUUCCCAAGUCUGUAUCCAUCCCAGGUGUAGACGCAUAGACUCUGUACCCAGUUGAUGGCAAACAGGCUCAUGGGAUUGAUGCUGCACCUGCCUUGACAAUUUUUAAAUGGGUCUUGUGGCACAAAGUUAAUAUUUCAUUGCUGGACUCUGAAAAGCAUCUCACCUUAGUCAGAGAGAAAAGAUGGGGUGCAUUGGACUGAAGAGGUACAUGAAUACACACAAAGGGUAUGGAAGGAAGAUGGUGUCUCCCUAUUCUGGGAGCCCCACCUCACCUUCGCUCAACAAUUUUACACCCCACUUGGAGCUCUGCAAAUUCCUGCAGAGGUCUGUUAUUAGUAUUAGUCAUGUACAGCAUGGGAUAAUUCAGCUCACUGCACAGUAGGCAUGUCCAGCCUUCUGAGGCCUGAAUGCGCCAGAGGGUCACACAGAAUUUAUUCUGGACAGAUUUCAGUAUUGAAAUCCCCCCCCAAAAAUUGUUUUUUUAAUUGCUGAGCUGUUCUAAGGUAAUUUGAAAUGUCAUAUUUCAUCUCUUCUGUCAUUAGAUUUGUUUUAAUGCAUCUAUUCAUAUAUACUUUUGAGUGUCUUAUAUUAAUUUUUAGUACUUAUACAGUGUCUUCUAUUUUAAAUAUAUGAUCUUGGAAUAUGUGUGAAUUAAUUACUUGAAUACCAAAUUGUCCCCCAAAACAUUUGAAAUAUCAGAUGGAAUGGAAAUUCUGAUUUUCACUUAUCAUUAUUUAGCAAUUACUCUCCUAGCUUGACUCAACAUCCAUGUCACCUCAGUUGGAGACUGUUUGAGGUGCAGCUCAGGUUUCAUUGUCCUGUGAUGUCAUGUUUUUUGUCCUUUAAAGACUGCCAAAGUCAACCUGCAAGAAGAGGAAAGCCAAGACCUGAUAUUCCUAAUGUAAAAAAACAAAAAAAUCUUGAAUAGUAAAAAAUUAAACUUUAAGGUUCUCUGUUGUCAUAAAGAACCAGUAAGUAGCACAACUCUGUUCUUUCAUUUUGACUUUGCAGUUCAUCUUGAAGAUACUGUGUAAAGAUCUGGAUGAAGUUUUAAUAAUAACUUCACUGACUUAGAUGUAGAAGGUCAGAUAGCUAAGUGGAGGAUUCAUGGCUUACUAUUUUAAAGAGUGCAAAAACCACUUCACUGUUGUGGUUGUAAUCUCAACCUGAGGAAGGACAUGAGCAGUGGAAAUGUCUUUGAUUUUUUGCCCUCUCUGACUUCUGUAAAAAGCCUUCAUCUAUGUUUUUUGUUUUUUCCAUUCUGAUAUUGUUGUGUAUAUGCUUAAGUGCUCCGGGGCUUAUUGCAGCCUCAUAAAACAAAAAUCAAGUUGCCAUAUGUUCCGUUUCUUCAGGAAGAAAAAUAUAAAUCAAAAACUUUAUAACUCAUGUGGCUGCUAAAAAUGACUGCAAUGGUACCUUGGUUGCACUGGGCUCACUGAUAGCAUGGAACAGUCGUGAGGCAUGGCAUGGAAACUAUAUAACAGUCAAAGAUUGUUUCAUAAACCCCACGACUUUCUGGCCAAACAUAGGUACUCACACAGGUUGUGUUCAGCUCCCAGCUUUUCAUUGACAUCAUUGCUGCCUCCAGUCCCAUGAUGCCACUGGCUCCAUUAAUGAUAAAGGUACCUACAUAACUCCUCCAGUAGGGUUCACAAGCACAUAGGUCUGAUCCGAGAAGAAUUAACUCAUGUUUUUAAUCCUGUAACAUACGCUGGAAUUUGAAGGCAACAUGUCCCACAAAGCUGCUGUUCCCCCACUGCUCUCACCAUCCACAACCUCUUGUAGUUCACAUACUACCCAAGAUAAUGUACAGUUGCCGUAGCAGGCCUGUUGGUGCUUCCCGGUGGGGAUAUAAUCACAUUUGCCCUCUGUGUGCUCUGCUUCCUUUCCCCAGGUGAUUUCAGCCCAAUUUUCCUAUGUUCAUUGCAUAAGCAUAAGGGUUGACAGUGUAAGUACAAAUAACUAGGCUUAAAUAGCAAAAUAAAACUGACAUAGCAGGAAAUUGAAAUGUUCUGGCGAAUACUCUGGUGUCUGGUUUCCAUUGUGCACAUUAGGGACUGGAAUCGGAGCCAUAGUUCAGUUUCCUGACAAUGUCACAUUGUGGUUUUUGAACAUAGCUGUAUGUAUUUAGUCCCUUGAAACCAUCAGGUCAAGAGUUCCUGCCAUUAGCACAACUGUAAACUGCAUUAGAGCAUCCCACUGGAAAAAUCAAAACUCCUGCUGGCUAACGGUUAAUAAUGUUUCAAGGGUAGUCUGCUCUCUGCCAUGCAUCCUGAUCAUUAUCUUUGUAUACUUAUUCCUGUUUCAAUAACUUUAUCAGCCGAGGUGUGCAAAAUUGUAGCUCUACAAUUUACAGAUUUAUAAUAUAGCUAUUACUGCUGUGACUAGCUAUUACUGCUGUGACUAGAAAAUGAAUUAUAAUACUUCUAUCAUGGACACAAACUAUGGUUAAAGCUUAGCAGUGCCCCCCCUAAGAAGGCUCACUUGCUGAUUUUUGUUUCCAUGGACUCCCAAACUGACUUAAAGAAAUCAAGGCCACUGUGUUAUUGGAAAUGUUAACUUAGCUCUGAAUUCUGAAUGUCUCCUAUUUGUCCAUCAAGGCUUAAAAUGUAAUACCAUUUGUGUGAAAUAUCUUGUAAAGUUCAUGUAGGAACUUACUUCUUGCCUCAUAUGUGUUCCAUUUCACAGAACUGAAAAUAAUAUGUCUGCUUUUGUAUCUGUGCACCACAUUUCCUAGUUUUUCAUUCAAAAUUCUUAACCCCAGUUGUAAAUUUGGGCCUGCACACACCUUCUUUAAUACAUCUUCUCAUUCCAAAGCAUCUUUACAGACACAGGGAAAAGUACAGCACCACCAUUCAUUCCUGUCCAUGGCUUAUUCCUCCAUUAAGUCCAGCCUGAUCAUGUCCCUACAUAUGAUGUCCUGAUACCUAGUCAGUAGUCAGCCUCUAGGUCUGACUGACCUUGGUUGCAUUUGCAUUACUUUCUUUAGCAUCCUAUCAUCUAUUUGUCUUCUACAGUGUCCCCACCAUCAUAAUAUUUUCCAUUGCAGUCAAUUCCAUAUCCUGACUUCACAUCAUACUCUUUCUAACUUUUUUUUAAAAAAUCAUUCCACUUUACACCUGCUAUCAUCCAAAGAACUCUCCUCUCUACUGCUGCCAGCCUUCUGAUGUUUCAU